AUGAAAAGGAUGUGUUGGGAAUUUGAAAUUUUGUUCUUUAAAACCCCUAAAUACCCCAGCCCAACGUGUGUCACCCUCCUUCGUCAUUUGCUCUCUCCUCAACCUUCUCUCUCUCUCUCUGCCCAGCGACACCGAGCCUUCCAGGCCAAUGAUCGUCUCUGUCAAGCCGUUGGUCAGGAAAAGACUAUCCUAAGCCAAUUAUCAUGGCUAGACAAAGAACCUGCCACCCUAGGCUACACAGCAGCAGUGCGAGCUAGAAGAAGAGCCAGGGGUUUCGGGAGUUUCAGGCGGUGUUUUCGGGCACCAUUGUCGUCGAUUAAGUUUGAGGGUUUGUUGUGGGCAACCAUUAAGGCCGGCGACAUGUGGCAGCUCAUGGGCCACUAUUGA